UCUCUUCCCGGCUCAUGACGCACCUUUCCCGGGAAACUCGUGUCUUCUCUCUUCCGGAAGGGACGAUCGACGCGCGCCAGUGUGGUCACGUGACACCGCGGCGGACGACACUCUUCGUCCCUCCAGCCUUCGUUGAUCUCUCGCGGCCGCUGAGGGGCCACCACGUCCGGGGAGAGUCCGACGCUUCUGCUCCGCAGCUGCAAGAAGGUGUCUCCCCCAGCCUAAGAAAUUUCUCCAGUGGUCGCUGUCGCCGUCGCCGCUGUCACCAUUCCUCCACAUCCAGGCCUCCCGCGCCCCUCCCCCCCCGCCACAGAAGCGUUGGCUGGAUUCCAGGGAGGCGGCGAUCCUGCAGCCACGUCUUCACCGCUCACUGUGGGGCGACCCUCCUGGCCGGGAUGCCACUGUGUGCCGUGCCAGGUGGACCCUGAGGCCCCGGAGGAGUGCAGGCGGGGCCCGCACCAGACCGGAGACAUGAACCUCUGCUGGAACCAGAUCAAGCGCAAGUCCCACAACAUUCGGGUGUGUCUGGAGGCCAUCUCCGAUACCAGCGGGAAGCUGCAGUUGUCCCUGCAGGAGCUCAUCCAAUGGCUGACAGCUAAGGACGAAGAACUGUCCCAGCAGCUGCCCAUAGGUGGCGACGUGGGGGCUGUGCAGCACCAGCGGGACUUCCACCAGGCUUUCAUGGAGGACGUCAAGUCUCGAGGACCGUUCAUCUACUCGGUGCUGGAGUCCGCCCAGUCUUUCCUGGCUCAGCAUCCCUUCCAGGAACCUGAGGAGACUCCGGCUGAGGGCAAAGACGCGAUGUUGAACGUGAGCCGGUCGGUGUGGAAACAAGCCAACGUGGCGAGCGACCUGUGGGAGAAGCUGACCGCACGCUGUGUGGACCGACACAGACACAUGGAGAGGACUCUAGAGCGCCUCCUGCAGAUCCAGGCUGGGAUGGAGGAUCUGGUGUUGGCUCUGCAGCAGGCGGAGGGCGUGAGAGACGCCUGGGAGGGCGUGGGCGACCUCUUCAUCGACUCUCUGCAGGAUCACAUCGAUGCCACCAAGCUCUUCAAGCAGGAAGUGACGCAGGUGAAGGAGGGCAUGAAGCAGGUCAACGACCUGGCCCACCAGCUGGCUAUCUCCGACGUCCACCUGUCCGUGGACAACGCCCGCGCUCUGGAGCACCUCAACAACAGGUGGAAGGUUCUGCAGGGUUCCAUUGAAGAGAGACUAAAGCAGCUCCAAGAUGCACACAGAGACUUCGGCCCCGGAUCCCAGCACUUCCUCUCAAGUUCCGUGCAGAGGCCAUGGGAGCGUGCCAUCUCUCCCAACAAAGUUCCGUACUACAUCAACCAUCAGGCGCAGACCACCUGCUGGGACCACCCAAAGAUGACAGAACUGUACCAAGCACUCGCCGAUUUGAACAACAUCAAGUUCUCCGCCUACAGAACAGCCAUGAAGCUGCGGCGGGUCCAGAAGGCGCUAAGACUGGACUUAGUGGCGCUGAGCAACUUGGUGGAAGUGUUUCGGGAGCAAGAUCUCAGUCAAGGCGAGCGCGUGAUGGACGUGGUGGAGGUCAUCCACGGGCUGACGGCGCUUUACGAGAGGCUGGAGGAGGAGAGGACCGUCUUGGUCAACGUGCCGCUCUGCGUGGACAUGUGUCUCAACUGGCUGCUCAACGUCUACGACAGUGCUCGCAACGGCAAGAUGCGCGUGCUGAGCUUGAAGAUGGGUCUGGUGAGCUUGUGUGACGCCGACGUCCAGGACAAGUACAAGUACUUAUUCCAUCAAGUGUCCGGCACGGGAGGAUUGACGGACCAGCGCCACCUCAGCCUGCUGCUCCACGAGGCCGUCCAGAUCCCCCGACAGUUGGGCGAAGUCGCCGCUUUCGGUGGCAGCAACGUGGAGCCCAGCGUCCGCAGCUGCUUCCGCAUGGCUUCAGGCAAGCCGGCCAUCGAGGUGUCGCACUUCCUGGACUGGACCAGCCUGGAGCCCCAGUCCAUGGUCUGGCUGCCCGUGCUGCACCGGGUGACGGCAGCAGAGUCCACCAAGCACCAGGCCAAAUGUCACGUCUGCAAACAAUGUCCCAUCAAGGGCUUCAGGUAUCGCAGUCUGAAGCAGUUCAAUGUGGACAUCUGCCAGACCUGCUUCCUGACCGGGCGCACCAGCAAGGGCAAGAAGCUGCACUACCCCAUCAUGGAGUACUACACGCCAACCACUUCAGGGGAGAAGAUGAGGGACUUUGCCAAGACUCUGAAGAACAAGUUCAGAUCCAAGCAGUACUUCAGCAAACACCCGCAGAGAGGAUACCUGCCACUCCAGUCCGUGCUGGAGGCCGACAGCUCCCACACGCCGUGCUCGUCGCCCAGGAUGCCGCAUGCGGACACACACAGCAGGAUUGAACAUUAUGCAAGCAGGCUGGCAGAGAUGGAGAACCAGAACUGUUCCUUCUUCACAGACAGCCUUUCUCCUGAUGAAAGUUUAGAUGAAGACCAGUACCUCCUGCGUCAUCUGGACCACGACUCUCCCAUGCUGCUGGUCCACCUGGAGCACCAGGACCAGGACCAGCUCCAGUGCACCUUGGCCCGCCUGGAGGAGGAGAACAGGGUGCUGCAAGGAGAGUACAGGCGCCUGCAGUGGAAACACGAGGAGGCGGUGUCCUUCCCCAUGCUGACCGAGGCCGGCGAGGCUGUCGUGGACGAGCAGCAAGACGAGGAGCUUCUGGCGGAGGCUCGGGUGCUGCGCCAGCACAAGACCAGGCUGGAGACCCGCAUGCAGAUCCUGGAGGACCACAACAAGCAGCUGGAGUCUCAGCUGCACAGACUCAGAGAACUUCUGCUCCAGCCCAGAGAAGAUUGGGAGGCCAAUGGAUCAGAAGCGUCCACCUUGUCGUCACCUGUAUCAGCAGGGGGUCACCAGGGUCAGCAGGGGGGCGUGGCCAGCAGGGAAACGGAAGCAGCAGGUGACCAGGUGGAAGAUGAGCAGGACACGGUGAUGCAGCUGCAGGAGGUCAUCGAGCAGCUGAGGAACGUCUUCCCUUCUGAACCAGGCACCACCUCACACAUCUAGGAUACCUGGCCCUCAAGGCUCCACGCUUUAGAAAGGACCAAAAAGGGCGCACGAGUGCCGCUCGGCUCGGCCCGGUUCAGCUGCACUGAGACUCAGCUCUGCAGGAGGAGGUGGAAGGUCGUCAGGGGCGACCGAGGCAAGACUCUGAGGGGGUCAAGCUUUAAGCUUUAAGCUUCAUACGUGGCUGCACCAAUGCUGCACCUUAAAAAACAAAUCAACAUGCGGACACUUUUGUUUUAAGCCCCUCCCCCUCCACGCGGAUGUGAAAAGAAGAGAAGGAUGCUGGAAGAAAGCACGUGUUGCACACAUCUGAGAGACAGGCCAGAGAAAUCCCCAGCGUGUGUUGCCGGGGGGACGGCUGACGGGCGUGACGCACUUUGACAGCCUUGUCACAACAACAACAUCACUGCAGCACGUCUGCUUUGUCACAACACAACACAAGACUCCUUUAAAAGCUCAC